AUGUUUCACUUGCCUCGGUCAAGAUGUUUCCAGCUACUGGGUGCUGGUGCUCGUCCGACAUCGUUGAUUUUGGCACCGACUCGUGGUUUGACUUAUUCGUGUUAUGAAAGCCAACAGUAUUUGAAAAUUAAAACGAUACGAAACUUUGGUACUUCAAAGACUAACAACAAGACUAUUAAAGGCUCAACUACUGGAAGCACUAUUCGCCCAACUGGAGGUAUCACUUCUGGUUCAUUGGCAGACACUGCUAAUAUUCAAGCAGCAAUUAAUGCGACUGUUGACCCCUCUAAAAUUGCUGAAGUCAGUAGUAAUACGAACAGAAAACGUAAAUACUGGCCUCGGAGUGUUUUCCUGGUGUUAGCAGGUACUACAUUGGGUGUUACUCUUUUGUAUAAUACCAACGACAAAUUCGCUACUGGUAGUCGUCAUUUAGUUCUUGCUGGUCAGAGAAUAUCCACGGUCACUAAAGCUUGCAUUCAAUGUUUCAGAGCUUAUCGCCAUACGCUUAAUCAACACUAUGCUACACAUGAGGAAUACUUAGAAGCGUUGUCAGAAUGCCACAAGAAAUGUGCUUUGAUAACACGCAAAGCUAUUGAAAAGAAUGCUGGUAUUUUUAUUAAACUUGGUCAGCAUUUGGCUGCCUUGACAUAUAUUUUCCCUGAAGAGUGGACUUCUGCUAUGAUUCCUUUACAAGACCAAUGUCCUGAAUCUUCACUCGAGUCGAUUAGAGAAAUGUUUCUCAAAGACUCGAAAGGAAAAGUUUCGUUAGAUGACUUAUUCUCAUCUUUUGAUACCGAACCUUUAGGAACUGCUUCAUUGGCCCAGGUCCACAAAGCCACUUUACGAGAGAACGGCCAACAAGUAGCAGUCAAAGUACAACAUCCAUCUCUGCAGGAAUUUGUUCCUCUGGACGUUUUAAUGACUCGAGUAGUGUUUUCUAUGAUUGACUAUUUUUUCCCAGAAUACCCCUUAUCUUGGCUGGGUGACGAGUUGCAAGCGUCUAUUUUUGUUGAGCUUGAUUUUCGGGAGGAAGCAAAGAAUGCUAUGAAUACAAAAAAGUAUUUCAAAGAUUUCUACAAUGCAACCGCUUUGCGUAUCCCCACAGUAAUCAGUGCUCAUAAACGUGUUUUGGUCAUGGAAUUCCUACAAGGAGGCAGAUUAGACGACCAAGAGUAUCUUAAAGAGCAUAAUAUUUCACCCAGUGAAGUGAGCUCUUGUUUGUCGCACAUCUUUAACAAUAUGAUCUUCACUCCUGGAGUCGGCCUUCACUGUGACCCACAUCCUGGCAAUCUGUCAUUAAUACCUCACAAGGGUGGUAAACACAAUUUUGAAAUUAUCCUCUACGACCACGGUUUGUACAGAGAUGUACCCACUAAUUUACGGAGAAGCUAUGCACAUUUCUGGUUAGCCCUUCUUGACGGCGACGAGCCAAAAAUGAGAUAUUAUGCUAAGGAAUUUGCUGGUAUUGAUGAUGAUAAUUUCAGACUCUUUUCAGCAGCUAUCACUGGUAGGGAUUUCGAAAAUGCAACAAAAAAUGUCAUUUCCAAGCGUAGCGAGGACGAAAUCAAACAUAUGACUGAUGCUAUUGCUGAAGGUGGAUUAUUGAGUCAGAUCAUGGUCCUGCUUCAUUCCAUGCCAAGAAUCGUACUAUUGAUUCUCAAAACAAAUGACUUGACUAGAUAUCUUGAUGAAAAGCUUGCAAGUCCUCUAGGGCCCGAAAGAACUUUUUUAAUUAUGGCCACUUACUGUGCACGUACUGUAUAUCACGAGGGUCGUGAGAUUAUUGACAGACAAUUUAAUGGUAACUGGUCGAUAUCUCGUAUGGUAGCUGAAAUUAGCAAUUGGUGGAGAUAUUUCUCCCGCCAGAGUCAGUUGGCCAUCUAUGAUCUUAGCAUGCUUAUCCGCAAUCGCUCACAUUUGUAA